UCGUAAGUCCAACCCGAGUAGAGAGUACAAGCCCCCUAGAAACAGGUUAACCUGUACGGCCUAUGUGUUGAGGCGCGAAAUUGUUGUUAAUUGUGCACCAUCACCAUGGUGGACCUCAGGUCUAGAACUAGCACCACCCCCUACAACAAGGAGCAAGAGGAGAGAGUUGUCGCUAUUCUGCGAGAGAGGAAGGAGAGAAUGGAGAGGAGAGAGUUGAUCAAGCAGGCCAAGAUGCUGGCCUUGCUGGAGGAGCAAGAGGCAAAGAAGAGGCAGAUGGAGGUGGAGCUGAAGAAAUGGACGGAGGAGCAGGAGGAGAAGAUGGCGGCUAUACAAGCGAAGGUGGAGAAAGAAGAAAACGAAAAGCAAGUGGAAGAAGUACCGCUGGAAAGGAGAAGAGUUGAAGCCAGUACGAGGAAGGAGCAGGAGAUAGAGAAGACAACAAAAGAAUGGACCACACACUUGGAGCUCGGGGAAGAUAGGGAGGCAGAGCUGGCCAUACCCCAAGAAGAGAGAGAGGCGGCGAGGAAAGAGUUAGAGGCAGAGAGGGACCCGAUAAGGAGAAGAGCAAAGGAGGAAGAACAACAGAGGGCAUGGAAGUGGCGUUUGUCCCAAGAGAAAGUUAGGCGUUUGGAGGCGGCGGAGCGAGCAGAAAGGGACCUGAAAGCGGUGGAAGCUAGGAUGGGAAAGAUCAGGGCUGAGACCGAGUUAGCUACUAAAGUUGAUACCCCGACCCAAAGUGUGGAAUCUCUACUAAUUGCACAUCGCGAGCAAACGCAGUACAUCCGCAGUUUAGAUGUAAAGAUAGAUGCGGUACGUGUUGGGUUUAAAGAUUUUGCGCGCGACAUAAUGGAGUACCUGGUGGACCAGGUCCACCUGGCGAUUAGUAAGGCUAAGGAAUUCUGCACCGGCGCCAUUGAAGGCGCCAAGUUAGCAGCUCCUAAGGAAGAGGAGCCAGCCCCACCACGCCGCGAGAAGGUCAAAGUCCGUUUCCCCGAACCCUUUAGUGGAAAGAAGGGAGAGGAUUUCGAUAAUUGGGAGGCCAAUGUGCACUCCUAUCUGUAUUUAGAGGGAGUCACGCCUGAAGACCACGUUUUGGUGGCCUUCCAAGCCCUUCGAGAUGAGGCGACCAACUAUGCUAGGACGCUCGCGCGCGCUGCAAAUUGCGAAAACGAUCUGGUCACCUAUUCUAGACUGAAACCCCUCUCCGAGUUCCUGAAUUCACUUAGGGAGCGAUUCUCAGAUGUGACGCGGGGGCUCAAAGCCUCCGACAAGCUCCAAAUGAUACACACUCGCUAGUGGAAGAGUUUGCAUGUGCUUAAGUCCGCUAUGGACAAA